CCAUGGCAGCAACCCUACUGAUCUUAACAGCAAUUCUGCUCAACAUUCCAGCAGAUGAGUGUGUGGAGAUUAUUGGUGGUAAAGAAGUUAGGAAUCACUCCGUGCCCUUCAUGGCCCUUGUCCGGAGUAGAGAAGGUAUCUGUGGGGGUGCCCUGAUUAAACCAGACUGGGUCCUAACAGCAGCACACUGCCAAGCAAGGAAGAUGACCGUGACUCUUGGAGCACUCUCUCUUACUCAGAAGGAGAAGGAGAAACAACAGUUCACUGUGACUCAAACAUUUCCCCACAAUCAGUUCAACAAUAAAACGGGUGAAAAUGACCUCAUGCUGCUGAAGAUGAACAAACCAGCAAUACUCAACAAGUUUGUCAGCACACUGGCACUCCCAAAACCACAGACAGAUGUCAGAACAAAAAUGCAGUGCAGUGUUGCUGGCUGGGGCAUAACCAAACCCAAGAAGACACAGCCAUCGGACAAGCUGAUGCAAGUGACAAAUCUGAACUGA